AUGACGCCGGAGAAGACGAUCCUUACAUCGGAGACUCCAAACUCCUCUCCUCUAAUCCCCUCUUCAACACGUACCAUCUGCCACGUCUGCAACAAGCAGCUCGCGCAGUACACGUGUCCUCGCUGCAACUCCCGCUACUGCUCUCUCCCCUGCUACAAAUCCCACAGCGUCCAAUGCACCGAGUCCUUCAUGCGAGAGAACGUCGUCGACGAGCUGCGCCAAGUCCGCUCCGAUGACCAAACUAGAACGAAGAUGCUCGAGAUUCUGAAACGGUUUCACCAAGAAGAAGAGGAAGAAGAAGAUGAUGACGUCAUCACGGAUUGUGAAGGUUCGUUACCGAAGGAAACAAUUGAGAAGAUUCUCGCUGGAGAUGAGAUUAGUUUCGAUGAUUUGAGCUUAGAGGAGAGGAAAGGUUUCCAAAGAGCUUUAGCUUGUGGAGAGAUUAGUAAAAUGAUUGAGCCUUGGGAUCCUUGGUGGUUAAGUUAUUCAGCUCAAAGGAUUAACCUUGGGGCUCAAGGUAAGCAAUUGGUACAAUGCCUUGAAGGGGAUGAUGAUGAUAAAGGAGCAACCUUUGUGAGUGGAAUCCCUAAAGGACCCGAUGCGUCUUUAGUCUCAUUGAGCAAGCUUAGCUCCAAGAAGGCGUCUCCGUUGUUACCAAUCCACUUGGUUGAUGUUUUGUAUAGUUACUGUUUUACCCUUCGUAUCUAUAACGGAGAAUGGGAGUCUGAUUCGUUAGGUGCAGGGACGAUGGUGCUUAGUGUUUCGUCAGUGUUGGGGGAGAACGCACAACCUGGGAGUUUGAAGGAAGUGUUGUCGUUUUGUUUGGAGCAGACGUGUUCUUCAGAUUAUAAAAGUCUUGGUGGUGGUUUGAAAUUUGGGUUGAGUUUGGUUGAUGAUGUGAUUCAUUUGCUUUCUCUUGGUAGUGGAGCUCUUGUGUGUUUGCUUUGUGAUCUCCAGAGGGUGAUUGUUGGUGGGAUACAGGAAGUUAGAUCUUCAGGGCGUGAGCUGAAGAAGAAACUGAAGCUUGCGGAUAGGAAAGUGUUUUUCAUGAUGUGUUGGGUUAAUGAGCAGACUCCGGAAGUGUGGCGAGCGUUGGAGGCAUCGGUUAGGGCAGAGAAGAGUUUGAUUGUUGAGCUUAAUGAGUACAAAGGGUUUAGAGAUGUGAAGGAGAAAGGUCAUACUCGAAAAGGCGGUGUUGUAAUUCAGGAGAUAGAAUGA